GCGGGGCGGGCGGGAGAGUUUAUAAGUCAGCCUGAGGCGGGCGCGCGGCUUGACAGUUCGCAAAGGCCGCGGUCGGCGAAAGGAGCGGCGGCGGCGGCGGGAGGAGCGGAGAAACCUGAGCGCGUGACGGGGAAAGAGAGAGAGGGAGACCGAGGCAGCGCGCCGGCCCCGCCCGUCAGUUAGCGCAGCCAGCCAGGGACGUGCGGCGGUGGCUGCGGGAGACUCCCGGACUCCCCUCAUGGCAGCGGCGCGAGCAGGGAAUCCCCGGGAACCGUCUCGCGCCUUCUUCCAGCCGCUGCUCGCGCUGCAAUCUGCUGGAGCAGCUCCGUGGCGGGGCUGCUCCUCAUCGUAGGAGAAGCCACCAGCAAAAGCUCGUCCUUCGGCUUUUUAAUUUUUUUAAUAUCUAUUUUUCUAAAGUUUCUGGUUUGCUUUUUUUGCAACCCAAAGGACAAAAGUUAACAACAUCCCGUUGCAGUAUAUAUAAAUACAUAUAUCUAUAUAUAUAUCACACUAAUAAUUCUAUACUUCUGACCUCCGACCAAGCACCGGCCCUUGGCACGUUAAUGAGGUGGGUGAUGUUUCCCCUUUUUCCAUUUUUUCUACCCCCCUUCUUCCCUUUGAGGAUGCUGGGAUCUGAACUUUGAGCAUGCCAGAACCGAAUUUGGAUAUUUUUUUCUUUGAUUGCGUUCUGUCUGUGGAUGAACCCAGGGCUUCGCCGGUUUAUUUCACCCUUCUCCCUUCUGACGUUUCCGCAGGCAGCCGCCCCACGGCGAGUUUGACAUGGCUCUCAGCGGCACCCUCCUCCCUUCCAUCGCCACCUUCGCAGCGGGCACGGCCGGCAGGGAGAAAGCCUUGAGGCAAGCAGGUGCCAGUAACGUGAGUACACAACCAGGCAGGGCAGUUGUGUUUGAAUGCUGACGGGAGGGGGGGGUUACUCAGGGAUCAAACUAGUGCUAGAGGAGCUCAGCUCCCCCAGAACCUGCGUUUUUGCUUUUAAUGGGACAUGAGAAUGACCUUCGGCACAGGUGUGGAGUGCAUUUCUUCCACCAAAGAAACACCGAAUCAAAGAAUCCCUCAAGCUCCUGUACUGGUGGAAUGGGAUUCCACAUUAGGGUGGUGCUUCUUGAUGGGCUUGAGCCCCACUAUCUUUUUUUUUUUUUUUAAGCUAAAGCAUUUGGGGCUGGGGUGGGAUGUUAGAAGAUGGAGGAGAUUCCUAUAAUAGGAUGGAAUGUGGAAGUUGAUCAGGUCUCAACAGAGUUUGAAUGAGACAUCUUUAAAAAAACAAAAUGUUCGAAAAGGGAGCGUACAAUUGUGAAAGCACACACAUGGGGGGUGUUGCAAUGUAAAUGUAUAUUCUAACAGCAGCUGUGGGGAUAUGAUCCCCACCUUUUUUUAAAAAAAAGCAGCACUUUCAUCUGACUACAGUACUCUUUUGCUCUGUUGUUCCCUAGACCCUCAGAAUGUGUGUAGGCACAAUUUAGGAAAAUGCUCUUACCUUCGGCAGGGGCGUAGCUGCUCCCUGAAGUUCAUUCUGUAAUGUGGGAUGGUAGGGGGAAAGAGAAACUGGGAUAGAUAGAUCUGCUUUACCAGAUCUGUGCUGCAGUAAAUAAGCUGAAAUAUGCAGUGUAUCGCAACCCAGAAUCAUGGGUGUGGAUACAUAUGUUUUAAUACAUGGGCAGCCUUGGGAAAUAUGCACACCUACUCAUGUGCUUAGGUUAACUUUUUGUUUGCUUGUCUCAAGCUGAUGGCUUGUACCUACAGCUGCUGUUGUAUAAUGCAUGCUGCUUUAGAAAACGCCUACAUGUGUUUAAUAUCAAAUGCAGGCAAUCUGAUUAACACUGUGCGUGCAGUUUUUGUUGAUUUGUAUUAAUUUUUGUGCUCCUUUACAACAGCAGAAAGCCACAUGAUACCUUCUCUUUUUUAAGUCAUGUAAACUCAUUGUUUCUCAGUAGUGUCUAAAACAUUGCUUUACUAAUAAGUAGGUAAAUGUAACUUGAUUAUAAGGGCAUAUAUGUGACUAUACAUAAACUUAGGUAUAGUCACAUAAACACACAUAAAUUUGCUAACUGGUGCCUUUAAUUUUAUCACCACGUCUUGUAACUUUUUGCAGGCAAGUUUUUGAACAGACAGUUGGAAAGUUAAAGACUUAAAAAAUUAUUCCAUCUAAACCUUGCAACUUCAGUCUUUACAGUAAAAGUCCUGACAAUCCUUUGAACCCGUAAAUUAAUAUUACAGUGCCACCCCCCAAAAAAACCCCACACACCAUGUAGCACAGAAUGGAGAGGGGAAAUGAAAGUUCUCUGCAACAUGUCGUGACUUGACAAUUGCCUAGUUUGCCUUGAAAGCACAUAUAUCAGAAGUCAAGAGACUCCCAAUUUAUUUCCCCCCUCCCGCAGUGUGUGUUAUUUAAGUAUUUUCAACACAUGAUAAAAUAGGGGCUUGACUAUUUCCAGGGUUUCGUUUCACAGUCCUGCAAUUCUGCAGCUGAUUGCAUUGGGCCAUGCGACUACUGCUUUGAACAGACUGACAGGUUCACUUCAAUCAGCAGAGGACUGUCCCUUGUUGUGUUGUGGCAACUCAGUUGUGUCCCAAAGAGUUGUCUGUGAAAGACUUCUCCCCCUGUUUUGGUGGUCGCCAUGUUUUGCUCAUGCCUAGGUUUUCCUAUACCUUUCCUGCUUUGCGAAACUCAAAAGUUCGGUGUGCUUUCACCAGCACUGUUUUCUCCUUCUUUACCAACACCGGUUUUUUUUCUUCUUUUUCUGCCCACAGAAGUGGCGGGAGGAGCUCUCUCACCUCAAGCGGAUUCCCUCUGUGUUCACAGGACGGCCUUACGACCUCUCUUCUGAGCUGGAAAGCAGCACCACAAACAGCAGCAGUGGGGCUAUGUCAAGGCGGGAGACGGAGGAGUUGAAUGAGCUUCUGGACUUUGACUUCAUCCUCUCCAACUCCCUGAUGCCCCAGGAACAACCCACGGCUGCUGCCGCAGCAGUAGUAAGCACCACUCCUGGCCCCUCGCCCGCCGUCACGAGCAGCAACUGCCCAACAGUUACCACUUGCGACUUCACCUACCAACUGCAAAGGGGCGAUCACACCGGAGGAGGAGGAGGAGCUAUGCUGUACAACAGGGAGCAGGCCCCGGCUGCCCCGUUCAACCUGGCUGAUAUCAACGAUGUCUCCCCUUCCGGUGGAUUUGUAGCUGAGCUGAUGAGGCCAGAUCUGGACCCAGUUUAUAUGCAGCAACAGCAGCAACAACAACAGCAGCAGCAGCCAUCCCCACUGGGCAGCCUGCAUGGCAAAUUUGUGGUGAAAGCCACCGUGAACAUGGGGGAAUACAACAACCACAUCAGUGUUAGCAGCAAGAACAACCCAGCUGCUGCAACCUCCCCUUGUUCAGAUGGACCUGUGCAGCCUCCUAUUUAUAACCAUGUGCCCAGAAUGUGCCAAAAAAUCAAGCAGGAGGCUGCCCCUUCUUGCACCAUUGGCCAAUCCCAUGGGAAUACUCAGAGGGCGCAGCAACACGAUUUUCCCUUGGGGCGCCCACUGCCUAGCAGGACUAACCCUCCCUUGACUCCAGAGGAGCUGAUGAACAGCAGAGACUGCCACCCCUCCCCGCAGGGCUUAAGUCACCCAGCUCUGCCGCUUCCUCCAGGCUACCACCCUGGCCCGGGAUACCCUCCUUUUCUCCCAGAGCAGCUGCCACCAAGCGCGCUCCAGUAUCAAGGUCAGUCUCACUAUCUAAAUGUUUUUGGAGAGCCUGUAAAUAUGCCUCGCUUGGUACAAGGGAUGAUGCUGACUCCGCCCUCUUCACCUCUAGAGCUGAUGCCUUCUGGGAGCUGCCUCGCCGAAGAGACCAAGCCGAAGAGGGGGCGGCGGUCAUGGCCCAGGAAAAGGACCGCCACACACACAUGCGACUAUGCGGGUUGCGGCAAAACGUACACAAAGAGCUCACACCUCAAAGCACACCUUCGGACCCAUACAGGUAAGCCCUGCUCAACUGUGCUGCCAAGGUCCCAGGCAUCCCUUAUCUCAUGCCCUUAUCUCAAAAGCAAAUCUCUAUAGCCCAACAUCAGCAGUGUAAAGGGUUUUGUUUUGUUUUUGCACACCCCACCCCACCCAACCUAGUAGGGUUGUUGUAUGUGGCUGGAAAGAGGUUUUUCCAGAGAGCUGGCAUUUGUAUGAAAAGGGCAUGUUUGCCUGUGGUGCCAUAUGCAUUUGCCCCGCUGUAACUCUGUGCACCGGUUUUGCAAGUCUUCCAAAAGCUUGUGAAACUUGUUUGGUGAUAUGAUGUUGGGACACACAAAAAAGGAGUCUGCAUAUUCUAUAUGCAGCGAUGCCUCGUUCAUUCCUCUUUUUAACUGCCUUGCUGUGCAAUCCCAUCCAUGUUCGCUCAGAAGUAUCCCACUGUGCCUUGUAAGUGAGCUGCUGUGCUAAUUGCGCCCUUAAACUCCUGCAUCUCCAUCAGUCUGAGAGAAUCAUCAUUCUCAUGUACCCAUGUAUACAUCUUUUCUCACACUCUAGUUAAAUAGGUUUUGGUGGUUUUGGAAAUAUUAAAACCUGCCAGCCUGUCUAACAGAGGCAAAGGCAGGAUGAGGAUCCACACCCUGAGCAACAACACCCCCCUCAACCAUAUUCUUUUUUUUUUCUUUUUUGGUGGGGUACCUUUGUGGUAUCCAUUUUAAAUAGUUUCAUUCCACCAGUGUAUUAAAAUAUGCAUAUCUGUGGCUGCAACCAAGAUAAGAAUUUAAAUAGCGGGAGCCAUUAAAUAUAUGGCUUUGCUUACAGAUCGGAGGAGUUCGUUAAAAUGUCUCUGAAUGUUUCAGCCACAGCAAAGGAAUUGUUUUGCAGACGUGCAAGAUUUUCUUGCCUGACUCUGGCCAUGUGGCUAGCAAAUUACAAGGUAGCUAGAAGUCCAGAGUGAAUUAAGCAUGUUUAUGCUGAUAACGCCACUGAGGUGUUUCUUUUGGGGUAAUGGAAAUUGCAAAUAGCCAUAAUUCAUUUAUUUUGUUGGACUUGUUGCUUCUGGUUAAAGAGCUUAGUCUCAUUUCGAUUUUCUCUAAAUCAACUAAUGUUAGCUGAUUGGCUAUGAUCUUGGAGACCAACUUCUAAUUUGAGACUGUUUUGACUUCAGGGGAAGCAGGGCAGCCCUCCCACAAACUGUUAUAUUUAAUUUCUCCUCAAGUCUGUUGUAUAAAACGGCUGCCAGUUAGCAACAGACUUGGUUAAUUAGCUUCGGAAAACAUCCAGUUCUGGAUUUUCCAGCCAGCCAUAUAAAGUGAUAAAAAUAACCAACAGACUUAGUUCUUGCUGCUGAAGUUUAUACGUUCAUCUUACUAUGAAAUAAUUUUUUACUCACAAUAAUUUACCUUGCUGCUUAACACGUUCACUUGGAAAUUAAGUCCCCCAGUGGGACUCAAUUAAGUCCCCCAAUGGGACUUAAUUGUGAGUAAAUAUUCUUUGAAUGGCAGUAUUUGUUUUUCAAUUAAAUUUGCCAGAACUUGAACAUCUUUUCUAAUUAAUAAUAAUUAGACUCUCUUAAGAAAAAAAAUGGGUGUUAUGAGUAAAAGUAUAGCAGGUAACCUGUUAGUUCAUUGAAGACAGGCUUAGCUCUGAAUAAGCAAGUUUAGGAGGGCCUUGUUACAUGUUAAUAGUGCUAAAAGCCUAGUUUUUAACAUGUAUACCUGGAAACAGAUUCACUGAUUUAAGUGGCGCUUUCACUUGUGUACAAGUAUUCUUAUUAUUAUUAGCAUCAUCAACAACAAUUAUUAGUUGUACUACUCAUAAAAUUGACUCAAACUGACUUACAAGCAUGAUUUAAAAUACUAAAGCUAGGGCAUAAAGAAUAAAGUUAGGGCACUGUCAGCAUGGUUAAAAUACAUUGAACAACACUGUUUCAGUAUCUCCAAACUGCUUGAGAACAUUGACUUUCAGAGAAACUUCUGAUUAAUGUCAAUUUCCGCAUAAGUUCUUGGUUUGAUUAUAUAUAUAAAAAGGAGGGUGUUUGUUAAGUUUGACAGUGAAGGACUGCAAAUAGCUUUCCGUCGUUUUCUUUAGUUCCCUGAAAAGUGUGGUUGUAACAACAGUUUGAUUGCUAAGCUUACCUGAAUGGGUGCAGGUUUCCUUUGUAGUCUGAAUACUUACAUGCAACAUUAAUUUUGGAAGCAGUCAAGGCAGAGAUCGAGAAACAAAGUAUUGUGAUUUAACAUACUGCCAAGCAAUCAUUGAAAAAAAUGUCCCUUAGAUGUUUAUGCUUCUAGAUAUGUCCUCAUUUUAUGUAGGCUGGUGACAGAUGUUAGUGUGCGAGAAUUGGUGGUACAAGUGAGGCAUUGUUACCUGUAGUGAACACCAGCUUUGCAAACUAGUUUAAUAAUACUAGUCCACAGAUAAUUUUGCUUGCCUAGUCAUUUGUGAUCAAAAGAAAAACAACAACAAAGUUUUGCAAAGUUUUCCAGCUUCGUUACCCAGAGGCAAUUCUUAUUAGCCACAGGUGGCUAGGUAUGUGGGUACAUUAUUUGCAAGCCUGUUUGUUUUAUGCCACCGUUCAUGGUCAAACGGGUUCUACAGGUUUUUAGAAAACCUGCAGAACUGUUGAAGAGGAAUGAUUGAGGGAUAGGUGUACGCACACCACAGAAAAUGCUUCUUAUACCACCUUCAGCAUUUUGAGGGAAGAAAACAAUUGUCUCGCCAGCUGAAUAAAUAUGCAUGAGAUUUUUUCCUUUUCUAAUUUAUUCAGCUAUAGCGGCUAAUGUGAAGCUAUAAUGACAAUAGUCUGAUCCUAGGGAAAACUGUAACUGUGAUUGCUGGAACAAACUUAUAUUUAUUGAAUCGUAUGAUGCACCUAUAUCUGUGAAGGAUACAGAAGUAAUUGAUAUGGUUCUUUAUUUCUGAAGGUGAGAAGCCCUAUCACUGUGACUGGGAAGGUUGUGGCUGGAAAUUUGCCCGCUCUGAUGAACUCACGCGUCACUACAGAAAACACACGGGGCACCGCCCAUUCCAGUGCCAGAGGUGUGACAGAGCGUUUUCCAGGUCUGACCACCUUGCCUUGCAUAUGAAAAGACACUUUUAAACAGGACGUGGUGAACUUUUUCCUUUACUGCCAUGAGAGAUUCAGUAUUCGACAGCACAAAAGACUGUCUUCCGCCAGAGGGGAGAACUCCACUUUAAAGCACUACAAAGAACCCCAGUGAGGUCUUUCCAAAAAGAAAGCGUGGAAAUGAACGGACAGUAAAGAAAAGACGAGACAAUUGUGGAACUUUUAUAGGGGGACAAUGACUGGAUCUUGUAUCAUUCCAUUUUUUUUUAUUGAAAAAUCUGACUUGAAUCUUUCUGGACUACAGAUUGCCAAGGAUUGACUGGAAGUCAAGGAUAUCAGGGUUAAAACGAAACUGUUGAGGGUGGGGAGAAUGGGAGAUUACGUAGGGAGAUGAUGGGUGAAGACAGGUGUAACGUUGUAGAGCGGUGGGGGCUGUUCAGCUUUGGCAGUUCCUUCAUCUCAUUCAAUCUAAAUGACUCCCCCCCCCCCACUUUGCCAAGGUUGAAGUCCAAAAAACAUGUUUGUGCAAGGUUGCCACAAAAGCUAAUGCUGUUCUGCUAUUGUGCUUGUGACUUCAGAGACCUCUCUUUUUUUUUUCUUUGCCCACCACCCAAAUUCCUCAAGCAAUUUUGCAACAGUUCUAAAACUUUCAUUUUUUUUUAAAGAGAAGAGAGAAUGUGUGAAGGUAGAACUUGCACUUACAUUUAUUUUAUUUUUAAAGCAAGGAAUGUGGGGAGAAAGGGUCAAAACUGACACCAAACCUCACCAUUUAGCUUCACAGAGGAUGAAUGUUGUGCAAAGUAGGGGGGAGAGGAGUGGGGGGGGGGAGGUUGGCUCACACCAUGGCUGAAGAAUCCACUGUGACUUCUCUUUAAAUGCUAUGUCUGUCUUCGCCCUAAAUUCCCUUAAGAUUUAUUUUCAAUGCAAUAUUGUAAACAUGUUGUAGUCUUGCAAUUUCUUCUUCCUUAAAAAAAAAAAAAAGCCAUUACUAAACUAUGUCAAAUGAGGAAGAAGAAAUUCAGGUACAGAGUUAUGGUUAAAAGUCUAUUUUCAUGGUGCUGAAUGACUUUUGGUUCUUAAGGUACCAAAAAUGCCAAAGUUCUCAACUGCUGCAUAUUUGACAAGGAAAUACGUUUGUCUUCCGAUCUACAGUUAAUGAUGACCUAAGUCAGGUUGAUAAACCUGGCUUAUUUGUGUUUGUCUCUCUUUUAAUCUUCUAUGCAGACAGUCUGUAAUGCACUGUGGUUUCAAUGUGCAAUAAUUUGUACAAUGGUUUAUUCCCAAAUAUGCCUUAAGCAGAACAAAUAUUUUUUUUUCUAUAUGGUUCUUUACAUAAUAAAUAUGUAAUAUAAAUUUAAGGAGACUUCUAUUUUGUAUAUUUGUAAACUAUGAAGUGAAAAAUGAACAUUUUGUCAGAGUUCGUAUUUUGCAUAUUCAUUUUUGCUGAAAAUAACUUUUAAAUAAACCUAUUUUAUCUG